AUGACAACCCCAGAAGAAGCCGAAUCAACCUACUUCAACAACUACCCACCUCCCAAAGCCCUCCCGAAACACGAGUCCCUAGCUCGCGCAUUCAUCAACUACCAUGCCGAGGAGAACCGACGAGUAGUCCUAGUGACAUCUGGAGGAACAACAGUUCCUCUAGAGAACCAAACAGUCCGCUUUAUCGACAAUUUCUCCGCGGGAACUAGAGGAGCUACGUCGGCGGAGUAUUUCCUGCAGGAAGGGUAUGCGGUGAUUUUCCUGCACCGGCAGUUCAGUUUACUGCCGUAUUCGCGGCACUACAGCCACUCGACGAAUUGUUUCUUGGAUUUCAUGGACGAGGGAGUUCCGUCAGGGGACUGCAGCAAUUCGACGAGCCCGGAUCACGGGCCGAUCGUGGUGCGCAGUGAGUACCAGGACCAGAUGCGGGAUGUGCUCCGGAAGUACCGCUAUGCGAAAAAGAAUAAUCGGCUGUUGUUGCUGCCGUUCACGACGAUCGCGGAGUAUCUGUUUGAGCUGCGGUCGCUGGCGAAGUUGAUGCAUCCGCUGGGGUCCAAGGCGCUGUUUUAUCUGGCGGCGGCGGUUAGUGACUUUUUUAUUCCCCGCGACCGGAUGGCGGAGCACAAGAUUCAAUCGUCCGAGGUAUCGUCCGCAGAGCAAAGGCAGAAAUCCGCUGGGAAUAAUGAGCAGCAACAGGAAGGGCAUAGUAAGAAGCUAGUGAUUGACCUGGACCCUGUCCCGAAAUUCCUGCACCGCCUCGUGGACGGCUGGGCACCGGAGGGUAGUAUGAUCGUCUCCUUCAAACUGGAAACCGACCCAGACCUGCUAGUUCACAAAGCGCAGACGGCUCUGCAACGAUAUUCGCACCAUCUGGUUAUCGGGAACCUGCUUAGCACGCGCAAGUGGGAGGUGGUAUUUGUGACGCCGGACCCACCGUACGAGCGCUGGAUCAGGGUUCCCAAGUCGCGACGAAGUAAGAGUAUCUCGGGGUCGGAGGCACAGGUUGGGUUGGCGGAGGCCAAGAAGAGGAAUCAGGCAUUGAGCGGUGCUAAGGAAGGGCAGUCCGGAAGCGGUAAUGAGGAGGGCGCUGCACCGGGCGAUACAGAAGGUGAGGGAGGGAUUGAGAUUGAACGAUUGAUUAUUCCGGAGCUGGUCAAGCUGCAUUCACGGAUGGUCAAGUAG